AUUCGUCUUUCGUUUCUUUCAGCUUUCAUCGCCUAAUUCCUAUCCUUUAUAUCCUCUGCUUUCUUUUUAAUACACUGACAGCAAGCGCAUCAGUUGCGGUGCAAGGCACAACUUUAAGCUCCUUACGACAGUGAUUUCCUACAGUCAGCAGCGCGAUUCCGUGGAUUCCAACGUUUCAAGCGCAGAUUGUUGGCAACUGCGGUGAUUUUGUGUGUCUUUUUUUUAUCAAGAUUAAUCCCGAUUGAUAGCCAUCGGCGGAAGCUGCGAGACGUGAUCAGCGAUUUGUGAUCUGCCUUAUCGGACUUUGGUGUGCGUCACACAUCACGGAAUACAAAAAAAAAUCAACAACACGCCCGUCGACCAUCAUUCAUCACCAUCACCCAUCAGCGGUCUGGAUCAGUCAAAGCAUCGGAUCUUUGUGCGCGUUCCUCUUGAUCCACUCUAACGUCGAGGGCGAAAGGGAAAGCAUAUCAGACAGAAGGAGGGCAGGCAAAGGUAGUCAAACCAUACAGUGUCUUGUGCCAAGUGUCUUUGUCCCAUAGUUCACAUCCUCUACAAACCUUCGGAUCAUCAGCCAGAAAUACCAGCAAAAUGCCCGAAUCACGCAUGGUUCAUCCCCACUCUCACCAUCUUCACUCCGCCCACCACCACUCUUCUCAUCCACACUCUUAUCAACAUCCACCCCCGCCCAACUACUCUUCGUCUCACCCGUCGUAUCCCCAUCACCACCAUACCCCACGACAUGUCUCAAACGGUCACUCUUCUCAAGUACCCCUAUCCGGGCCGCCCCCUCCUCAAAUGCCCAUUGCUGGCCCUCCGGCUGAUCCCGUUGGGCCACCUGCUAUAGCGACCUCAAAUGCCGGUAGCACUCGUUCUAGAAGCGUGCCGCCGAUGAGUAGUGAGGCAAGAGCAGCAAAGGAAAAGAUGGACAAUAUUCUGGCGCAAUUGGCUGCCGCUAAUGAGAAUACAUGGAUGUUGAUAGGCGCUGUCGCUGAGGGGAUGAAUGAUCAAGACCGAGCGCUUUCCGCCUUUGAGAAUGCACUUAGGCAUAACCCUUCAUCUGUUCUCGGCCUGAAUGCCGUCGCGUCCAUUGCACGAGGCAGAGACGAUUUUGACAAGGCAAUUGAGUACUUCCAACGCAUCCUCAACGCGAACCCUGAGAACGGUGAAGUAUGGGGAUCAAUGGGGCACUGUCUUUUGAUGAAAGAUGAUCUUCCAAAGGCUUACACAUCGUAUCAACAAGCGCUGUACCAUCUUGCUAAUCCCAAAGAACCCAAGCUUUGGUAUGGUAUUGGUAUAUUGUACGAUCGAUACGGCUCUUUCGAACAUGCCGAGGAGGCUUUCUCGAGUGUCCUUAAAGUUGAUCCUAACUUUGAAAAAGCCAACGAGAUCUACUUCCGUUUGGGUAUCAUCUACAAACAUCAACGCAAAUACAAGUCCUCUCUUGAUUGCUUCCGAUACAUUCUUAACAAUCCUCCUCGACCUCUGACAUCUUGGGAUAUAUGGUUCCAGCUUGGACACGUAUACGAGCAAGAUCGCGAUUUCGAAGCUGCGAGGGAUGCUUACAUGAGAGUGCUCAGCCAUCAACCAGAUCAUGCCAAAGUUCUCCAGCAGCUUGGCUGGCUUUAUCACCAGCCUGGGGCCCACUUUGCUGAUCAAGAAAAGGCCGUAUCAUAUUUGACCAAGAGUCUUGAAACCGACCCGUCGGAUGCACAAAGCUGGUACCUUCUUGGACGUGCAUACAUGGCCGCCCAACGUUACAAUAAGGCCUAUGAAGCAUAUCAACAGGCAGUGUAUCGAGAUGGUCGCAAUCCCACCUUCUGGUGCUCAAUCGGUGUCCUGUACUAUCAAAUUGCGCAGUAUCGUGACGCUCUUGACGCUUAUUCGCGUGCCAUCCGACUCAACCCCUACAUCAGCGAGGUCUGGUAUAAUUUGGGAAGUCUUUACGAGUCGUGCAAUAAUCAAAUGGCUGAUGCGAUGGAUGCUUAUUCUCGCGCCCUCGAACUUGAUCCCAAUAACACCGUUAUCAAGCAGCGUAUGGCUUUACUCCAAAAUCCCAACGGCGGUCCUCUGCCUCCCGUACCUCCUCCAAUUGACGUUCACCCAUCUCAAUACACUGCUACUCCUACCGCUCAGCCUCCAGCUGGAUCACCAAAUGCUUCGCCAAGCCACCAGCUUCCAUCAGAUGCUCAUGCAGGCGGACGAGACCUUCCACCUCCACCUCCGGGAGGCGACAUUGCUCGUGGCCACUCCCCUGGUCCAUUCCGAAACGGUGCUGCCCCUCCACCACUUAAUCACGUUGAUGAGCCUCGAGGCCCUGUGCCCGGUAUGACUCAGCUAGCUAGAAUGGAGACUGAGCCGCGCUCCGCUGAAAUUCGGGAUGAACGAUACAACGGACGUUACGAUCCUGCCGAUAUCCGACGCCACAAUGGUUCACCAUUGUCCCCUCGUGCUUCACGACGCGAAAGUCAGGCUUUCCCAAGCCAGCCGAGCUACUUCCCGUCUAACGGUGCGCACGCGCGUGACAGGGAGAGGGAAGAGUGGGACAGGUCUCGAGGUGGAUCUAGGGCUCCUCAGGGGCACUCACCUAGAUUGGGCGAUCGUACACCUGGCGCCGACCCCAGGGUUCCUCAAGAAUACCGCGAUUAUCCUGGGUAUUACGAUCCUCGUACGGCCUAUCCCGCUCCUUUGGGCGGUCCACCCACGCCAUCAGCUAUGCCCGGAAGGUUUGAUCCCAGACGAGAAGCUGAGGAGUUCCGCCGUCGUGAAGAAGAUCGAGAAGUCAACGGUGCCAAGCUGGCCAGUUCAGCGAGACAAGAGAACCGAAUGCCCAGUCCGGCGCCAUCGAUUGCAUCAAGUAAGAACGGGAGGAAGCGUGGAGAAGGCACGAGGAAAGCAAAGGAUAAGGAAGAAAAGGCUCUGAACAAGAAAGAAGGUGGAAGGAAGGGAAAGGCCGCGGGGUUGAAGGCCGGUGAAGAAAUUACCGGACAGUCACCAAGAGGAAACGUCAAAAGUCCUUCUGUCAGUGUGCACAACACGCCGCAGUUGAACACCGCCCGGCCAAUCCCCCCUUCUGCUCCAGCGCCAGUACCUUUGAUGUCUCGCACUGUGGAUGAAGACUACGACGAGGGCGCAGCCGAUGCGCUUAUGGUUCUUGCGGGCGAUCGCAGCACUACCACACUCCCUCUGCCUGUUCGUCAUAUAACCCCCACUCCUUCAGGCCCCAUGUCGCCUCCGCCUCCCGCUCCCAAUACUGGCCCUGCCACCGGAGCCAAACGUCCUGGUCCAGAAGCCAACUCACCGGAACAAGCCAACAAACGGGUCAAAGCAGAGAAGUCUCAGUCACCAGUUGAUUCCGCGUCAGGUUCUGCUUCCAGUCGAGUGCCGAAGCGAAUGGUGAUAGAAGUGCUCAACACACCCAGCAUAGCCAGUCCCUUACCUCGGACGUCUUCAGCGGUAAACGAAGAAAAACAGUCCCGAGCGUCUCAAGAGCGAAGGGAAGAGAGGAGGGAAGGGACGAUUUCUGGAACGGAGAUUGACGAGCGUACUGCUCAGACAUCAACUCCUUUACCACCCCCAGCCCCACUGUCUCCCGCAAACCGUCUUGCACCCUCUUCAUCCGCUCACACUCCUCAAUCGCCUCCUCGUCAGGCUUCAUCUCCACCUCCCGAAGCCGAGAAAGAAGCGUCCCGACCUCCUACACCUCCUCUACCAGAUGAGCCACCCUCUCCAGCAGCUCCGGCUGCUGCUGUGCGAGUCGAGUCUUCGAGAGACUCGGACCCUCGCACUCCUCCUUUGCCGCCUUCCCAGACUUUCGAGAGUUCAUCCAUGAAGACUCCAACAAGUGCUGGGGAUCGUGGAGAUGUCGAUAUGGCCGAUGCCGGCACGGAGAGAUGAGGCGAGGAAAAGAACGACUUUGCCGCUGAGGAUGGACGAAUGUGAGGUGUUUGAAAAGCAACUAAGAGGUUUGAGGGGAGGAUUAAUUGUGACAGAUGAGCCGAGAAGAUCAUGAAACAAGUAGUGUUUUUUCUUUGUCGACUAGGGUCUACUGUAGUGAGGCUUAUAGUUUAGAGGCAUGGAUGAAGCAGUAAUUGAUACGAAACAAAAUACAUGAAGUGGUCGGCAAUAUAGCAACUGGAUACAAUACGGGUACAAAGACGAGAAUGGAAGACAAAAAUAGCUUGAAUGAAGGUGUUUCAGACUUACUUUGCUAAACCUAGAUAUACGCAGUCAGCAUAUGGUCUUACUUCUAAUAAACACAAAUGAAGGAUAUAAAAGGAUCAGAACGGCUCUAACCAGUUCUCUACAUGCAG